AUGAAAACAUGCGACAACCGAGAGCUGUGGAGAGCUGGCAUCCCUGCUGAAGCAUGUAGUGCUGCAGCAGCUGUGGAUCGAAUUGAGUUUCGGGUUGCCAUGAACGCUGAAGAUGUUUUCAAAAGGAGCCGUAGGCUCCUCUGCUCUCAGUACCUUCGCCCUCAACCAGGACAUUCCGUGUAUCUUCCUGGUCAUGGCGGAGGAUACAAGCGGCCACGGAUCUUCACUUCUUCACUAUGUGGCCCUGUCAGGCACAACAUAGCCCUUGCAAGCACAGCAUCCAUGCCAGGUUCUCUUUCUAGCGCACAUGGGCACUUCUAUGGAUGGUCUGUACUCUUGGCAGCAUCCACCCAUCAAGUGGGGUAUGGACCAUGCAAAGGAAUGAAUAGGGCAAUGCAAAGGCUAUGGUUCACUGGGCCACACAGUGAAGAUCUCAGGAGUGGGGAGGAAGGUCCACCAGGUUUCGUAUUCCAGGAGCUCAAAGUAACAUGUGCAUUUUGUGAUGUGCUUCCAACAACAUGUACACAAAACAAAGGUCACUGUAACAGUUCCUGUGAUAAAUUUUCAUUUUGUGAACAUGCGGAUGAAGUAUGUGUAGCCAUAUGGAGAAGCAAUGGUUCUUCUGUCACUGAGGAAACACUGUGUCAUGACCCCAAACUGGAACUGUAUGGACACAAGCUGGAUGACUAUAACUCCUCAAAAUGUCACAUGAAAAAAAAGAACCACUUGGGAGAGACGAUGUUCAUGUGCACUUGUAACACUGAUGAGUGUAAUUCUAAGUUUAUUUUUGAAGACGCAACAGCAAAAAAACAUCAUACAGAACCUAUGAGUCACAAAGUCAUAGAUGAAAGCAAUAAUUCUAAAGGCAAGAUACCUGACUGGCACAGUGAACCUGGAGGAAAGGUGGCAUUUAAGCAUUUGUGCAGGUUUUGUGAUAGUCUACCAUCAACAUGUUUAAUAAGUGAUGGGAAUUGUAAGAGCACCUGUGACAAAACUGCCUUUUGUGAAUUCUAUGAUGAAGUGUGUGUGGCAAUAUGGAAACAUAAUGACACUCAUAUAACUGAGGAAACACUGUGCCAUAGCCCCAAACAUGAACUUUAUGGUCACAUGCUUGAUGAGUACACCGAACCAUCUUGUACAAUGAAAGAAAAAAAGAUGGCUGGCGGUACAAUGUUUAUGUGCUCUUGCUCUGAAGAUGAGUGCAACGAAAAGUUUACAAUACAAGGUACAUCUGACUUACUUUUUGAUACAACCCAAUGCCCGGACACAACCAUUGUUGCACUAGCAAGUCUUCUUCCACCAGUUGCCAUUGCAGGUGCAGUAAUCAUCAUUUUUUAUUGUUACCGAGUUCAUAGAAAAAAUAAGCUGAACAAGAACUGGGACAGUAACCAAAAAUGCAGCAAACAUCGACAUAUGGACUGUUCCAUUAUGCUAGAUGAUGACCGUUCAGAUAUAAGUUCGACAUGUGCCAACAAUCUGAAUCACAACACUGAACUUCUUCCCAUUGAACUGGACACUUUGGUUGGAAAAGGACGAUUUGCUGAAGUUUACAAAGCCAAACUCAAACAAAACACUUCAGACCAGUUUGAAACAGUAGCUGUCAAAAUUUUUCCAUAUGAAGAAUAUGCAUCUUGGAAAAUGGAGAAGGAAAUUUUUUCAGAUAUUAAUCUAAAACAUGAAAAUGUUUUACAGUUUUUGACUGCUGAAGAGAGGAAAACAGAUGUUGGAAAGCAAUACUGGUUAAUUACAGCGUUCCACUCUAAAGGCAAUUUACAGGAAUAUUUAUCAAGACACAUCAUUUGUUGGGAAGACCUCUUACUGCUUGGUGGCUCUUUGGCUCGCGGGGUUGCCCACUUACAUAGUGACCAGACACCAUGUGGAAGACCAAAGACUCCAAUAGUGCAUCGAGAUUUGAAAAGCUCAAAUAUACUCGUUAAAAAUGACCUCACUUGUUGUUUAUGCGACUUUGGAUUAUCUCUGUGGUUGGAUCCAUCUCUUUCAGUGGAUGAUCUUGCUAAUAGUGGACAGGUUGGAACUGCCAGAUAUAUGGCUCCAGAAGUCCUUGAAUCCAGAAUAAAUUUGGAAAAUAUGGAAUCAUUUAAACAGACAGAUGUGUAUUCCAUGGCACUUGUGUUAUGGGAAAUUACAUCCCGCUGUAAUGCAGUUGGAGAAGUAAAAGAUUAUGAACCUCCAUUUGGCACCAAAGUGCGAGAACACCCGUGCGUUGAAAGUAUGAAGGAUAAUGUCCUGAGAGACCGAGGUAGACCUGAAAUUUCCAACAGCUGGUUGAACCACCAGGGUAUCCAGCUUGUAUGUGAAACCAUAACAGAAUGUUGGGACCAUGACCCAGAGGCCAGGCUCACCGCCCAGUGCGUAGACGAGAGAUUUAAUGAGUUAGAACAUCUCGACAGAAUCUCUGAGAGAAGCAGCUCGGAGGAAAAAAUACCAGAAGACUGUACGGAAAACACAAACAAGUGAAACAUGCACUGCAAAUACUUUGUCUUACGUAGAAAUUCAGGACUGCAACAUAAGCAGCUGAGAAGAUCACUUGUAUAAAAUAUGCACUGAACUCUUAACUCCAGAGACAUAACAGGGCAAGUCCCAAUUGCUGCUGGAGCAAUGUCACAUAUGCUUCCCACAAGAACUGUCUUACCGGUGGGACCCAAAGCAAGUAUGGAAUGUAGUGCCUGAAUCCCAACAAAUGGCUCUAACCUGAGCAUGUAUAAGGCACACUGCAAGUGUCUUAUAGUCUAAGGUAACCACCUCAAUUGCUUUACCAGAAGUCACCUCUUCUGCCCCUAUGGUGCUGCCAUAGGGUGAUACAUUUCCUCAGGACAUUUUUGUGUUAUUUCUAAAAUAGCCAUACUUUACUUGCACUUUAUAAAUUGUGUUUAAAACAACACAUUGGCUUUAAUGUAUGUAAGUAUUGUCUCGGAUAAACCAAAUAUAUUACCAGGAAAAUGUACAGGACAUAGGAAAGUACAAGAUUAAUGAAAAGAACACAUAUAAUUAUUAAGACUUAAUA